CAUUGUUCUCCAGUUAACCUUUGAAAGCGGUGACCUCCUACACAUUAUUUACUCUUGUGUCAUGAUUGAUCGAUAAAUACUCCAGUUUCAUAAAAUUCUGAACUCUUGACCUUCCUCAGAGACUGUGUUACCAGUAAACCACAUCCUCGAGUACAUAGAGAUCAUUUCUCAACCCAGAAACGUAGUCCAUUCCAACUUUUUUAAACGGAAACCAGAUCUAUUUUCAUCUGAAUUUCGAUAUUGCUGCGAUGCUUGCUAAUUACAUGUUAUCAUGUCCUACUGUCAAAACAAGAUGUCCUUUCUUUGUCCGGAAUUAUUAAUGGAGAGUUUUCACUCUCGGAAGGCAACUGUGAGAUUCAGAGAUUUCAUCUUUCGAGGUUUAUGACCUUUGGUAAAAAUUGUAAUUAAGCUAGGCUUAAAUUUUAUCAGGAAAUAAAUAUUCUAUUUCAUUCAUUGUGUACGAAUCGCUUUUAUCAUUUUCGAGAACAAUACAGCGGUCAGAAGGGCACAUAAAGUAUUUAUACUAAAUUGAAGUUGACAUCAAACGCAUUUAAUUUUGUAAUCUGUUCAGUAUUCGAUUCAAUAGCACUGUCGUGAAAAAUACGAUCCAAAGUGUUUUCAGCCCAUUUCAGUCAACGCAAGGUCGGUUGUUUGAAAUCCUGUUUAAAUACAGACGACUGAAGACACAUUAGAAACGGGGAAAUUGUUUGAAAGCCUAAAAUGGUUAAAUUACGAUGCAGAGUUGGGAGCGUUUCACAUUUUCGCACGGCUUAAAUUAAAAAGAUCUCUCGAGGCAACCAUCCAAUCGGGCGCCGUAUGCGUUCGUUGGCAGGUCCUUUGCAAAUAAAUCGCAAUGAAUUAUUCAGAUCGCAUAAAUAUACACACUUAGUACCCGACUGCAUUUUGGCAAGAUGAAUAAUGGCUAGUGGAGGAGUUUAUGCAGAAACCUUGGAGUUACCUAAAGUCCCUGACUCUAUCAUAUCCGGGAGUUCCUUCAUUAAAUGGGACGAUGACUCUGGGCUAGCACAGACAUGCACAUUAAAGAUCGACUCGAAUGGGUACGUUUUAUUUUGGAAAUUCGAGGAGAAAGCGGAGACUGACUUGCUCGAUGUCAUUCAGAUCAACGAUGUUCGAACGGGAAAAUAUGCUCGAAUGCCAAAGGAUUCCAAGGUGAAAGAGUUGAUAAAAUCUAAGCUAUCAUCUUCUGAGAACCUCGAGGAUCACUGCAUUACCGUUCUUUAUGGACCCAAUUUUGUGGAAACAAAUGCAGUGAACUUUGUUGCGUCCAGUGUUGAAGAUGCCAAGCUAUGGUUCGACUGUCUUAUGUCGUUUUGCCAGCACGUUUUACCAGCCAACGCGAGUCCGCUCAAUUUUCUUGAAAAACAUUACACCAAGCUGAUGGUGCAGGCAAAUCCUGAUGGAUCUAUUCCAGUCAAACUCAUUACGAAAUACCUUGCAAGCGCUAAAGAUGAUAAAAAGAAGGUUUAUGACACGUUGCAAUCUCUUGGAUUGGCAAGUAGAAAGGAUGAUGCAAUCCAAAUAUCUGACUUUACAUUGGACACGUUCUUGUUAUUCAUGAGCCGAAUUUGUAAUAGGCAAGACAUAGAUAAGAUAUUUACUGAAAUAGGUGCAAAAAAGAAGCCAUAUUUAACUGUAGAUCAAUUUGUUGUCUUUCUUAAUCAAUAUCAACGAGAUCCUCGCCUGAAUGAAAUCCUUUUCCCCUACUACGAUACGGAACGAGCUAUGAAUUUAAUUUCAACAUACGAACCAAAUAAACAAUUUUCAGCGAAAGGUCAUCUCUCAGUACAAGGUUUCACCCGAUAUUUAAUGAGUGAACACAACACAGUGAUCAACAGCGAUCGUCUGGCUCUGCAUCAGGACAUGAACGCUCCGCUUUCUCAUUACUUCAUCAACUCGUCACACAAUACCUACCUCACAGGUCAUCAGUUAACGGGCAAGUCUUCGGUUGAGAUUUAUCGUCAAGCUCUCAUGUCUGGCUGUAGAUGCAUUGAGCUGGAUUGUUGGGAUGGAAAAUCAGAAGAUCAAGAACCCUGUAUUACUCAUGGAAUGACUUUGUGCACUGAAGUCUCGUUUAAGGAUGUCAUCGAGGCAAUAGCAGAGUCCGCGUUCAAGACUUCAGAUUACCCUGUUAUAUUAUCGUUUGAAAAUCACUGCAGUCGCUUACAACAGCGUAAAAUGGCCCAGUAUUGUGUCUCCAUUUUUGGUGAUAUGUUGCUGGAUAAACCGAUUGACGAUUUUCCAUUGGAUGAUGGAAAGCCAUUACCAAGUCCAAAAGCUUUAUCGCGAAAGAUUAUUAUAAAGAACAAGAAAAAACUACCAAAAGCUGCGAACUCUGAGAGUGCUUCGGGUCAGGACGGUGCGACGUCAAACGGAAAUGAGGCGACAACUUCCGAUGUUACAGACGGUGAGACAACACAGAAUGGCGCUCCAGCAGUCGAUGAACUCAGUGAAAGCAUUAAAAGCGACGGUGGGGAAAAUCUCAAGGAUGUGCUGGAAAAAAACAAGGAAAAAAAAGAUGAGGAAGACGAGGUGGAGUCGGAGAAUGUCCUUUCAGAUUUAGUCAACUACAUUCAACCUGUUCAUUUCAAGAGUUUUGAUUAUGCUGAAACAAGAAACAAAUCAUACGAGAUGACUUCAUUUGUUGAGACGGUGGCUACAACUCUGCUGAAACAAGAACCGGUUGAAUUUGUGAAUUAUAAUAAGCGGCAGCUUAGUCGUAUUUACCCAAAGGGAACUCGAGUGGGGUCUGAGAACUACAUGCCUCAGGUAUUUUGGAAUGCAGGCUGUCAGCUGGUCGCUCUGAACUUUCAAACAUUAGAUGUUCCCAUGAUGUUGAACCUUGGAAAAUUUGAAUAUAAUGGAAAGUGUGGAUAUAUUCGCAAGCCUGACUUCAUGUGUCGCACGGACAGAUCAUUCGAUCCUUUCGCAGAAUCCACUGUUGAUGGAAUCAUCGCGGGCGCCGUUGAAGUGAAGGUCAUCUCAGGCCAGUUUCUUUCUGAACGUAAAGUUGGAACAUACGUAGAAGUGGACAUGUACGGCUUGCCAGCGGACACCGUCAGGAGAAAACACCGUACAAAAACCGUCACAAGCAAUGGCAUGAAUCCUGUCUACGACGACGAACCUUUUCGUUUUAAUAAGGUGGUUCUUCCUAAUCUUGCUGUUUUAAGACUAGCAGUUUAUGAAGAGAGCGGUAAACUAAUUGGGAAUCGCGUCUUACCAGUUGACUCAAUCCAACCUGGCUAUCGUCACAUCAAAUUGAAAAGCGACUGUAACCAAGCUUUGUGCCUUCCUGUGUUGUUUGUUUACAUCGUCACCACUGACUAUGUUCCCUCGGGAUUCUCAGAUUUCGCCGACGCUCUCACAAAUCCCAUCGCAUUCCAGUCCAAGGCUGAUCAAAGAGGUCAUAUGUUGGAAAGUUUAAUGGAUGAAGAGGAAGCUUCGUCGCAGGUUCCAGAGCUGCAACCUAAACUUGCACCAGCUUCGGUACCUGCAAACGCCCGCCGUGCUUCAUCGCAGUUCCCGGGUCCGACCAGCAAAUCUGUAAAACAAUCCAUGUCAGUUGGUAACCUUGGCAACGGAGCGCCACUCCCCUCGAACAGAUCAGUCUCGCUCACAGCGGAUCAUAUUGAACGGAAGGAAAAUUCUUCUAGAAAAUUCAAACGAUCUCAAAGCACUAAGAAGAGAGAGGAAGAACCCAAGAUUGUACCAGUUCCUAUUCAAGAAUUACGUGACCACAAAAACCUACAGAAAUUGAAAGAAAAACACAGAAAAGACAUGACGUUGUUAGUUCGUAAACACAUGAAGGAGAAGGAUCGAGUUCAGAAGCAGCAUUUCACGACGCAAGAGAAACUGGCGAAAGAUAUGGAUAAAGAAGUAGAAUCAACAAAAAAGAAGCUCGAUAAAACAUUGAAAAGAGCGACUAAAUCCGGAAAAUACGAGGAGAUUUAUAAGGAAGGCGUUCAAGAAGUAUCUAGUCUUCGCAAAGACCACGAGAUGAGGAUGAAUGUCUUGAAGCUGGACCAACGUGAAGAAGUGAUCACAUUGAUUGAAAAACAACUGAAGGAACAACAUGAUUUUGCCAAAGAAAGCAUCGAUCCUGAAUUUCAAGAGUUGCGUUCGGUUAUGGACAUAACUAAAACAAAACAAAGUAAAAAAUUAGCUGAAGUUCAUGUAAGAAAAAUAAACGAUUUGAAAAAAAGUCAAGAUCUUUUGAACAGCACCGAGCUGAAACUGGUCUCAAAGGAGAGGAAGUCCAAGGAUGAAAUUCAAAGAUUAAAACGGGAACAGAAUAAAAGGCAUAUUGAACAGGCAGUGAAAGAGAGGCAAAAGGCAAAUGAAUUUCAUGACAAGGAAAUGCAACAGUUAAAGGAGAGUCAUGAUCAACUUCUGGAACAACUGGAAGACGUCAAAGAGAAGAGCGUUCUGGAGUUGAAACAAUUGUACGAGAAACGUUGCAGGCAAAUUCGCAAUGCAGAUCUGGAAGUGCACUACGCAACCUUGUAUGCAGAAGAACAAGAAGAGUCCAAGUUAUGACCACAAAUGACGACAUAUCACCAUGACUACGACACAAGCCUGUCGCUAAAUGGCUCACCACCUUGUAACCACGGUAACUAUGACGGUAUCCAUUGUUGAUCAUUUAACACUGGACUUUCAAUGAAUGCUACGAGGAUCGGCGAUAUUCUGCUCGUUGUGAUUGCUUUGAGAAGAAGAGGAUAGUCAGCGUAUGAUUAUGAUGAAUGCGUGUGGCGAUCCACUUCAAAAAUUACGCUCAAUAAUUCCAUCGAAUGCUUCUGGUAUUAAACGCAUUAAAAACAGCACAACUCCUCAAAAAGACAGCAAAACGUCUUGACGUUUUCGAUCUAAGGGUAACGUUCUUGCUCAACUCUCCUUGAUGAAGGUUCUUCAGGUGGUUCAGCUGCAACAAUGAUUAACUUUGUCUUUUGGAACUCAUUAGUUUUUCUUCCACUUUCCUAUUUAAGAGGCCACCAUUUAGGCUUUCUGGUUUGAUAAAAACCUUUAAAAAUAUUAUAACGAAUCGGGGAUAUAUUAAUUUGUAAUCUAUAUUUAUGUAUGGUGUAAAUUUUACCUUGUGGGUACCGCAGCAGCACAAUUAUCGACGAUAUAUUUCAAGUGAAAUAGAACAAAUAAAAGUCGGGUAA